CAGUGUGCGAGGGGCAUCACACAUGUGAACCGGAUUGUGAAGGUUGCGACCGUCGUCAGUGUGCCAUCGAGCGUCGAAGUGAAUGGUGGUGUAGCAGCGACCGUUGCGAAGAGUGAGUGGAGUGAUUGCGUGCGUGCUUGUGCUACUAUCUGAUAGCACACACUCGUGUGCGAGUGCCGGGGGGGGGACUAUCAGCAACGCACUUCGUGGAGCAAAAACAAUCUGAAGCCUACAGUGGCUGCUAGGAGUGACAGUAGACGCAGUGAAAGUCGUAAGCCCAAAGGGAGGCCAAGUGAUCCCGUGUGCUGCUAGAGAAGAACUAACGAAACAUUGUUAAAAUUGUGCGCCCGUUUUUUUUUCGAUUGUUGAGUGUUGUGCGACUGGGACCCUUUGGGUGGCCCUUUGUUUGUUGGUAAAAUGUCGGUAAAAUCGAUCGCACCGCGGGUCGCACCAGUAUCAGCGUCGUCUUCGUUGUCGUCGUGCAGUGAGAUCAGCAUCGAGGAGCUACAUUCGCGAUCAUCUCCAGACUUUUCGUCGGAGUUUACGCUCGCGAACGUGAAACAGGAACCGGGUGUGGCGACGGGCACGGUGUCACCGAUCCUCACGCCACCCCACACACCCACCGAAGACACGGUGCUGCUGCGGACGGGUUCACCACCACAAACACAGCAAGCGCCACGCUCGCACGUCCUGCACGCCCAUCACUACCAUCCCUAUCAGUACGAGAUGGAGCGCUCGCGGACAAUCGCCGGCAACAGCAGCAGCCCCAACAGCAGCAUCAUGCGCCAAGGACAGCAACAACAGCAACAACAGAGACGAUCCCCGGUCCAGGAUACGCCGGCAGUGAGCGCAUUCGUGCCAGCACAGCAACCCUCGCAGCGGUCAUCGCAAAGGGUCGUGACUUCGCCGACGGCGAAUCCCAUCGAGGCCGCAUUCCUCUACCAGCAGCAACAACAGCAACAGCAGCAACAACAACGCCUGUGGCAGCAACAUUUACAGCAAACCGGUUACCAUCCGGCGGCAGCAGCAGCAGCGGCCGCAGCAGCCGCCGUUACCGCUGCCAGCGCCACCGGUGGUCUACCACCGAACGCCGCCGCGUACGCUCACCCACAUGCCGCCCUCAUGCAGCACUGGAUCCGCAAUGCGGCGCUCUACCAGCAACGGUUAGCCCCGGGACCGCACGGUCAUCCGCACCAUCACCAUGUCGGACCGGUCGUCGGGCAUCAUCCACAUCAUCAUCAUCAUCCGCACCAACAUCAUCAUCAUCCGCAUCCACAUCAUCCGCAUCCGUACGCGCUGCUUGGCCGUCCGCUCGGUGCCGCGAUGAAGCUACACACCGGCCAGGGUUCCGGUUCCAGCGGUGCUGGUGGCGGCGGCAGUUCGCGUCCCAAAAAGCAGUUCAUCUGCAAGUACUGUAAUCGGCAGUUUACCAAGUCCUACAAUCUGCUCAUCCACGAGCGUACGCACACCGACGAGCGGCCAUACUCGUGUGAUAUCUGCGGGAAGGCGUUCCGCCGGCAGGAUCAUCUGCGCGAUCACCGGUACAUCCACUCGAAGGAGAAACCGUUCAAGUGUUCGGACUGUGGAAAGGGCUUCUGCCAAUCGCGUACCCUCGCCGUCCACAAGGUGACGCACCUGGAGGAAGCUCCGCACAAGUGUACCAUCUGCAACCGGACGUUUAAUCAGCGGGCGAACCUCAAGACGCACAUGCAGAGUCACGCGAUGGUUGCGGCAGGUCAGCAGCAGCAGCAGCAGCAGCAGCAACAGUCUGCUGAGCAGCAGCAACACCAGCAACACCAGCUACUACUGGCUGCUUCGAAUGGCGGUCUCCCGGGGAUGCUGGAAGGAGGAGUAAGGCACCCGGUGCACGGUGCCCCAGCGCUCGAUCUGUCACAAAAGUCUUCGAACGGAUCGACGGAGGGAGAGGAUGAGCUGGAUGAUGAGGAGAAGGACAUCAUCGUCGAUGAUGAUUUCGAGGAUGAAGAGGAAGAGGAGGAACGCCGUGCGCUGGCAGAGAUGGAAGAGGAAGAGGAGGACGAGGAGGGGGUCCUGGAUGAGGAGGAAGAUGAAGAGUUGGAGCUGGAGGAGGUCGACGAUGAUGUUGACGAUCUGGAGCGACGCGCUGGCAUGAUGGCCGAUGUGCGUCAGAUGUUGCUGCUGGAUGCCGGGCUGCAUCAUACGCCCGUGUUGAGCCAUCGUGGAUCGAGCGCAACCUCACCUAGAACGGCAACGACGACAACGACCGUAACGACGACCGUGACGACACCAUCGAAGGCGGGGGGAACCGCAUCGGAAUCACCGGAACCCAAGGUCCCAAAGCGUUCGCUCGGCUUCUCGAUCGAUGAGAUAAUGCAGCGAUAAGGAGUCUAGGAAAGGGAGGUUGGGAAGGAGGGAGAGGAGGAGGAGGUUGUGUGUGAUGUUCCUUAUCGUUGAUGCUGUGUUCACGGGUCGGUCAGGGUGUCUCUUUAAGGUGGAGAGAGAAGGAAAAGUCGAAAGAUCG